AUGCUUAUGGACGCCCGUGGGGCUUCGCUCGGCUCCCAGAGCAAGAAGCAGCCCGGAAUGGAGGACGCCGGCGGCCUGAUCGGCCCCAGCCUCGCAGUGCUGCGCCUGAUGGGGCUGUGGAGGCCGGCCGCGGCUUCUGGGGGAGCGUGCGCCGGGGCGGCCGCCUCCCUGCCGGGGGCGCUCAGCUGCGUGGCCAUCGGCCUGCUCUCCCUCAGCUGCGCCUCCAGGCUCUUCAUAGACACGCCCACCGAGCUGACGGAGCUCACCGUCUGUGCCUACUUGUUCGUUAUAAUAACCGCUAACUUUGUCAAGGCAUGCUGUCUACUUCUUCAGCGGAACACCCUCCACGAGCUCGUGACACUACUGGCAGAAGCCAAAAAGAAGAACGUCAUCGAUGUACAGCAUAACGAAGAAAUUCGCAGCAGUUACGGACGGACAUCUGUCAGGCUGUACCGAUACUUGCAGGUCAUGAUCGUGGUAUCCUCGAUCGCCUGGCUCUUCGUGACGGUGCCGUUCCGCGUGUUUACUGCUGGAUCAACGAACAUCGACUGGCCAACGCCGAUCCCCAUCUGGCUGCCCAUCGACAUGCAGCUCUCCCCGUCCUACGAACUCAUCUACCUGGGCCAGGUGCUGUGCGCCGUGGCAACUGCGGGGGCGAUGCUGGGCGUCGACACGCUCUUCUUCCACCUGACGCUGAUGAUCGUCGCCGAGCUUCAGGUUCUCAACGACAAUAUUUCAGUGGUUGGGAGGGUCGCGUCACCCUACGAGAAGGAAGUCUUUUUCAGGGUUAAAGACGCGGGAGAGCAUCAGCAAAACUUUUCUGACGUCAUUAACAACGGACAGAAUGAAGGCGGAGCUUCUUUGUCGAACCCCCAAGCAACAAUCACGGAGAAGAACUAUUCUGAUUUAGUUGAAAUUAUACAGCACCAUCAAAUUAUAAUCAAGAUGGUCGGCUUGCUGCAGACAAUUAUGGACUAUUCAGUAUCGGUACUGCUUCUCACCAACGUGCUGGAUGUGUGCUUCUUAAUAUUCACCAUGUCCGAGGUAAGAAACAUUUAA